UUUCACCACUGGCAAUCCAUCACUUCGCUACAAGCUGCACAUGCUGAUUUCUCCACCACGAACGAACCAACGAACCAACCAACGAACAAACAAACAAUCAGACGGACAUUUCUCAAUCCACAACCCAUCAGAAUGACGCGUGUUCUACUUACAGGUGGCAGCGGCUUCAUUGCUGCACACACUCUCGAUGUACUUCUGAAACGGGGCCAUUCAGUAGUCACGACAGUACGAACGCAGGAGAAGGCAGACAAAAUCAAGCUGGAUCACAAAAGCGAGGUCGAGAAUGGACAGCUCGGUUUCACCAUCGUACCAGACAUUGCUCAAGAGGGCGCCUUCGACGAAGCGGUCAAAUCGGAACCGCCUUUUGAAGCUGUCUUGCACACGGCUAGUCCAUUCCACUUCAACGUCACGGAUGUGCAGAAGGAUCUGCUCGACCCCGCAGUUAUCGGCACUACGGGUAUCCUCAAAUCUAUCAAGAAGAGCGCACCUUCUGUGAAGCGCGUAGUCAUCACAUCUUCUUUCGCCGCUAUCGUCAACCCAUCCAAGGGCGACUGGCCCGGCCACACCUACACCGAAGACGAUUGGAAUCCAAUCACUCACGAGGAGGCUUUGCAGAACCCCGCGAACGGUUACCGAGCUAGCAAGACAUUUGCAGAGAAGGCGGCGUGGGACUUCCUCGAGAAGGAAAAGCCGAAUUUUGCAAUCUCUACUGUCAACCCCCCGCUCGUGUUUGGCCCCAUUGUGCAUGCUCUAGACAGCCUGGAAAACCUAAACACUUCGAACCAGCGCAUCAUGUGGGCGGCACAAGGCAAAUGGAAGGAUGAGCUUGCUCCUACUGGCACAUAUCUAUGGGUCGACGUGCGCAAUGUGGCCGAGGCCCACGUGGCCGCGUUCGAGAAACCCGAAGCGGCCAACAAGCGUUUCUUCGUGGUUGCGGGACACUUUAGCAACAGAGAACUCGCCGAUACCAUUGGCAAAAACUUCGCCGAGUACAAAGACAAGCUACCUACCAAGUCGGCUCCAGGUGGAGAUUACCCCGAGGGAGGACGCGAAAAGGGCGUGUACGAAAUUGACAACAACCGAUCGAUUUCAGUACUGGGGCUCAAGUACAAGACCUUCGAGGAGUCCAUAGUCGAUUCGGUGAAGUCGUUCCAGCCCAAGGGUCUAUAA